GCGAGCGUGUGUGCGAGUGUGCGCGGACGCGCGCGGGCCCGGGAGGAGGCUCCCGAGCGAGUGGGUCCCGGCGGCCGCAGCCCGCUCCCCGCGGCCCCGAUGUGAGGGAGUCGGGGAGGCCAGCGGUGCGGCAGGGGAGGGCGAGGCAUGUGCACGGGCCGGGGGGUACAGCAGCCGCCCGAGGACGAGGGGGACGGCGGCGGCGAGGAGGAGAGCGGGGGGCUCGCGGCGGCGGGUCCGGGCCGAGGGGAUGCAGCGGACUGCGUGUGUCUGGCUGUAGGGGGAGCGAGGCGGCGACGAGGCGCGGGUGACCCGCGUGAGGGGAGACCAGGAGGCGGCGGCGGCGGCGGCGGCGGCGAGGAGUAGCGGCGGGACCGGCGGCGAGGGCAGCACUGCCAUGCACGUUCCUCUCCCGCGGCCAUGUUAACCAGGAAACCUUCGGCCGCCGCUCCCGCCGCCUACCCGACCGGCCGAGGAGGGGACACCGCCGUUCGCCAGCUUCAGGCUUCCCCGGGGAUCGGCGCGGGGGCUCCCCGAAGCGGAGUGGGGACCGGCCCGCCCUCCCCCAUCGCCCUGCCGCCUCUCCGGGCCAGCAACGCUACCACUACAGCCCACACGAUUGGCGGCGGUAAGCACACCAUGAAUGACCACCUCCACCUCAACAGCCAUAGCCACGGACAGAUCCAGGUUCAGCAGCUGUUCGAGGAUAAUAGUAACAAAAGGACAGUGCUCACAACACAGCCCAAUGGGCUUACGUCGGUGGGCAAGACCGGCUUGCCUGGGGUGCCCGAGAGGCAGCUGGAGAGCAUUCACCGACGGCAGGGCAGCUCCACCUCUCUGAAGUCCAUGGAAGGCAUGGGGAAGGUAAAAGCCACCCCCAUGACGCCCGAACAAGCGAUGAAGCAAUACAUGCAAAAACUCACAGCCUUCGAACACCAUGAGAUUUUUAGCUACCCUGAAAUAUACUUCUUGGGUCCAAAUGCAAAGAAACGCCAAGGCAUGACCGGUGGACCCAACAAUGGUGGUUAUGACGACGACCAGGGAUCGUACGUGCAGGUGCCCCAUGAUCACGUGGCUUACAGGUACGAGGUCCUCAAGGUCAUUGGGAAGGGGAGCUUUGGGCAGGUGGUCAAGGCCUAUGACCACAAAGUCCACCAGCACGUGGCCCUGAAAAUGGUGCGGAACGAGAAGCGCUUCCACAGGCAGGCGGCCGAGGAGAUCCGGAUCUUGGAACACCUACGGAAGCAGGACAAGGACAACACAAUGAACGUCAUCCACAUGCUGGAGAACUUCACCUUCCGCAACCACAUCUGCAUGACGUUCGAGUUGCUGAGCAUGAACCUCUAUGAGCUCAUCAAAAAGAAUAAGUUCCAGGGCUUCAGCCUGCCUCUGGUGCGCAAGUUUGCCCACUCCAUUCUGCAGUGCUUGGAUGCUUUGCACAAGAACAGAAUAAUCCACUGUGACCUUAAGCCCGAGAACAUUUUGUUAAAGCAGCAGGGUCGAAGCAGUAUUAAAGUGAUUGACUUUGGCUCCAGUUGUUACGAGCACCAACGCGUCUACACGUACAUCCAGUCACGCUUUUACCGGGCUCCGGAAGUGAUCCUCGGAGCCAGGUAUGGCAUGCCCAUAGACAUGUGGAGCCUGGGUUGCAUCCUCGCGGAACUCUUGACCGGUUACCCCCUCUUGCCUGGGGAGGAUGAAGGGGACCAGCUGGCUUGUAUGAUCGAGCUUUUGGGCAUGCCCUCUCAGAAACUCCUGGAUGCUUCCAAACGAGCCAAAAAUUUCGUGAGCUCCAAGGGUUACCCCCGAUACUGCACGGUUACGACUCUUUCAGAUGGCUCUGUGGUCCUCAACGGGGGCCGAUCCCGGAGAGGGAAACUAAGGGGUCCGCCAGAGAGCAGAGAGUGGGGGAACGCACUGAAGGGAUGCGAUGAUCCUCUUUUCCUUGACUUCUUAAAACAGUGUUUGGAGUGGGAUCCCGCGGUCCGCAUGACCCCGGGCCAGGCUUUGCGGCACCCGUGGCUUAGGAGGCGCUUGCCAAAGCCUCCGACCGGGGAGAAGACAGCGGUGAAGAGGGUCACAGAGAGUACCGGUGCUAUCACCUCCAUUUCCAAGUUACCUCCACCCUCCAGUUCAGCUUCCAAGCUGAGGACUAACUUGGCACAGAUGACAGAUGCCAAUGGGAAUAUUCAGCAGAGGACAGUGUUGCCGAAACUUGUUAGCUGAGCUCCAGUCCCCCUGAUGCUGGCAAUCUGAAGAGGAAAAAAAACACGCGUUAUAGCUGAGCCUUACUGGGUUGAAAAAGUGUAGCUCAGACCUGUUUUUAUUUGCUCAAUAACUCAACUCAUUUGUAUCUUUUCAGCACUUGAUGUAAGACUGUUUUGUUUUUAUAAAAUACAUGGGGACAAUGCUUUAAGUUUU